UGACGAUUGUUGGUUAUGAAAUAGAAAUGUCAGCCAACUCUCAUAAGUGAGAUAUUUUACUUACCUGUCGAAUGAUGCUAGAAGUCAUGAGAAAACCAUUAGAGACAUUUUAGUUACAGUUACAUUUGUUAUCCCAGAUACCACACACUGCUAACACUUAGCUCUACAUGCUAUCAUUAUCUUAUCAGUCCACCGUGACGUAGAAUAUGUGGGACAACUGGAGCUCAGUUUUUUCAGAGUUCUAUUUAUGAUAAACUCAUUUGUUCAUCACUUGCUGCAUGGUUACUGAUUACCACACAUUGGUUAAUAUUUGCUAUGUUAGACCCCUUUGGACGUGACAACCCGCAGUUUCGCGCUGUACUUGAGUAUUUUUCACAUGUAAAACAAGAGUUGGCUUUCAGUUUUGGCGUAUGUUUUUUUCUUGUCCUCCACUCUGUUGUUUCUUCGUUGAAACAGAGCUGCUACAAUGCAUGUUAAAGAGGACAUCAUAGCCAUUUUAGAGCAGUUUGACAUCGGAAACAAAUUUUCCUCUCUACCGGUGCUGCCCAAAGCCUCAGUGCUGAUCCCACUUAUAGUGAAGAAUGGAGAGCUGCACACCAUGAUGACCCUGCGAUCAAAAGAGCUGAGGACCAGUGCUGGCGAGGUGUGUUUCCCAGGUGGGAAGAGAGACCCCAGUGACAGAGAUGAUGUGGACACAGCUCUGAGAGAGGCAGAGGAGGAGAUAGGUCUCCCACCUGAUGAUGUUCAGGUGGUCUGUAGACUGGUCCCUAUCAUCAAUAAGAGCGGUUUGUUGGUAACCCCGGUGGUUGGCUUCAUAGACGAGUCAUUUUGUCCCUGUCCAAACCCAGCUGAGGUCAGUGCUGUGUUCACUGUCCCCCUGGACUUCUUCACCAGCGACAAGGACCACUAUGCCACCCAUGGUGUUGCUGGGACAAUGGGGAUGCUGCACUCUUUCUAUUUUAUGGACCCUGAUUCAGGAAGCCAGUAUCACAUAUGGGGACUCACUGCUAUUUUCGCCAUAUUGGUUGCUGCCCUCGCUCUCAAGAAAAAACCUGACUUUGAUGUUGUUUUUGACCCAGAAGAUCCGAUAUCCUUCUUCCAGAAAAUUCUGCACAGAAGAACUAGUAAAUUAUGACUGGCUUUUUUCCUGAUGCUUUUAAUGCAUUUGUGCAGACACAAAUACCUGAAGCCAGAGUGUUUCAUUAUUGCUGUUCGUUCAUUUAAAGCAUUGUGAGGAUAAGAGUACAUGUGUAACUUAAGUAAUGUGCAAUAUUGGCUUUAGAAGAUUAAUAUAACAACUUUCAGAACUAUUAACUUACAAGGGGGAAAAAAGAAACCCAAAGACAUUUUUAUUAAUUCAUUUAAUGUAGCAGCAGGAUUACAGAUAUAAACAGAAGAGUAUACAAAUGUCCAGACCAAGGCAAAGUACAUGUUAAUAAUAGUUCAGAUGUAUGAUAACACACUGGGGUUGACCUUUAUCCCGACUGCGGGGUCUUAAGGCUAGAUACUAAAGCUCAAGCUACACAGAACGGAUACAACAAAACUGUUGGAGAAUGUGAAAUAGAAAGCGAACUAGGAAAAGUGAGCUGACUGAUUACACACAAGAUACAGCUCACACUAUUGGCAAUUAACAGUUAAUUUAUCAUGGUUGCUCCUUUUGAUCAAGCAGUUCACAGCAACAAUAGUAAUGUUGACAAGCACAUCAACACAAGAUAGCUCUCCAUAAAACAAUCUCCAUGGUCUCGUCCCUUUUGCCUCACAUGUACAAAUCUCAUGAGGCAUGAAAAACAUUUUCAACAGAAAGUAACAAACAAGUUGACAAUUCACUGGUGAAGCUGCACGAUGUUGUUGAAAUAAAAUAUGUCUGUAUGGGCUAUGGUAAUGCUUGUGUUUAGAAAUAAAGAUUCAACCACAUAAAGGUGUCUUGAU